AGAAGGAAAAAAAAGGAAGAGAAAUCUUUGCACUGAACGUUUGGACGCAAUUCUCUCAUUGAAUCUCAAUUCUCACUCAUUUUUGGGAUGUAAUUUAGUCAUCAAACGUUCAAUCACAGUCAAUCCCCGCCACAACUGUAACUGCUGUGCCGCCGGCCAUGCAAUACUGCCAACUCUUCCAGCAUUCAAUUCAAUUCUUAAUUGCAAGUUCCCUCAAUAUUCGGAAUCAUGAGUUGUCUUUGGUGAUUUGAAUUUUGAAUUCGGCGGAGAAACAACCCGGAGACUAUCGUUGCGGAGGAUUUCUUUUGUUUGUUGCUGUUGCGGUAUCGAAGAGUCCAGAGUGAUUGAAUUUGAUAUGGUAUUGAGACAAAAAUAUUGGGAUUGAAGGUCAGAAACUUCAAUGAUCAACAGUGAGAACCGAAGAUGAAGAAGUUCUUUUUUAGAUCCAAACAUAACAUAGCUCCUCCAUCAACAAAUGACUGCAAAGCUUAUUGGGAACAUCCAUUGGAGAGUAGGAUGAAUAACUCUAUUGGGGAUAAGGCUGGAAGUAGUCCACAAAGUACCAAGCAUUUUUCUUCCAAAUCUGGGAUGCAAACAAAUGAUAUUGAAAGAUCCAGCACCAGUCCUAAACUUAGAAGGACUCGGUCAUUGUCUUCAGCUGCAUUCGGAGACCAAGGUCAAAUGAACUUUUAUGGUCCGAGUGAUCCAAGUAGAUCACCUGGCUCACAACGGCAACACGAACAAUCAUCUCGUUGCCAGGGUCCAACUUGGGAAAUGCAAUUCAAGGUAAAGCAGAUGGAAGUGCCAAAUGAUUACUAUACCGGACCUGUAAGGCCAUGCUCCAAAACUUGCUAUGAUUCUUCAGGGAAUUCUUCCACUAGCUCCAGUAAUGUUUCAAAUAGGGUAUUAGACCGCUACAUUGAUGGUGAACAACACCAGGAAAUAAGCGGAUCCAAGAAUAAGUAUUCUCAGAAGAAUAAUGGGUGGCGGCCUCCUCGAGCUCAGUGUCUGACACCCUCUUCACCAACAGCUAGCAUUAAAGAUAAACCAAGAUCAUAUUCAUCCAGGGAAGUUAAAAGUUCUCAUUCUCGUUUCUCGUCUAGAGAAUUGGGAGAAUAUGGAUUUGGGAAUGAAUCACCUCGAAGUAUUGCAAAGAACGUUGUUGACAGACUCUCACAGUAUCAUGUUCUGCCUAAAGCAACCUCGAAGGAGCUUGGCGAAAACGUACCUAUCAGAACUACAGAUAUUCAAAAUCAAUCUUUGAACGGAUGUUAUGACCCUAACUUAGAUGUGGUGACCAGACCAUGCUUUCCAACAGACGAACCAUGUGAAACAGUUAGCGGCCCUCAUACAGAGGAACUUUCAGGCUUUCACAAACAAAAAAUUUCCCCUGGACGUAUGUAUGAAGGAUGCAAGUCUGGUGAAACUGAUGGGGACUUGGAUGGAGAAUUGCAAAGAAGCGUUAAAGAAGCAGAUGAGAGGAUUAUGUUUCUGUCUGAAGAACUUGAGCAGGAACGCUUUGUUCAAUAUAGAAAAUUUGAUGUGUCAGAUCUGAUCCAGGUAAUUAAAAAUCUCUCCGAGGAUAGGUUCACUUUGGCACUUGAAAUUUCAAGCCUUCUACAGUCUCGCAUUGCCGAUAGGGAAUCUGCCAAAGAAGAGCUCAGACAGGCAAAUGCAGAAUUGGACUCCAGAACACGGAAACUAGAGAAGGAAAAAACUGAGCUGCAGUUGGGACUGGAGAAGGAGCUAGACAGAAGGUCAAGUGACUGGUCAUUCAAGCUUGAGAAGUACAAGUUAGAGGAGCAGGGGCUGAGGGGGCGAGUUAGAGAGCUAGCUGAACAGAAUGUCUCACUUCAAAGAGAGGUUUCUUCUUUAAACAAGACUGAAACAGAGAAUAAAAGCACGAUAACUAAUCUAGAGCAAAAUGUACUAGACCUGACAACUAGAAUUGAUGAAAAGAAUGAACAAAAUAACUAUUUACAGUUAAACCUCUCUAAAUUAGAAGAGGAUUACAGGGGAGCAACAGAAGGUAUGGAUUGCAUCAGAAAGAAUUUUGAGGAGAAAGAGAAGGAGUGCAGGGAGUUGCAUAAAUCAAUCACAAGGUUAUCAAGGACCUGCAGUGAACAAGAGAAGACUAUUGAUGGUUUAAGAGAAAGAUUAAGCGAGCAAUUUGUUAAUAUUCAACCAGUGGAGAAAUUUGAUAAGCAUUUCGAAAAGUUGAAGAUGGAACAAAUGAGAUUAACAGGGGUGGAAAUGGCUUUGAGAAAGGAGUUAGAAUCUUACAGGGUUGAAGUUGAUUCUCUUCGGCAUGAGAAUAUAAAUAUAUUGACUCGCUUAAAAGACAAUGGGAAUGAGAGUGGUGCUAUAAACUUCAAGUUAGAUAAUGAAAUGUCAAGUCGUGUUUACCAUCUUCAAAAUCAAGGUCUGGUAUUAUUAAAGGAGAGUACUCAAUUUUGUUCCAAGUUACUUGAGUUCAUCAAAGAGAAAGUUGGUCAACUUCAACAAACUAAGCAUAGAAUGGAGCAUAUGAAGAAUGGUUUAGAUGGACAAUUUUUUGUUGAAUCUGAAACGAAAAUUCAGGGCUUCAAGCACGGGAUUGAGAGCCUGACAAUGAGUUUACACAGAACAUCUAUGGUGUUGCAAGCAAAGUCUAAUCCCACUUCUCAGAGUUCAGGUGUAGACAAUGCACUGCAAAUAAAUAGUCAAUAUCCUGAGGAUGUUUUAAGAUCUGAGCUUAAAGCAGAAACUUUAUUAACUAGCCUAUUAAGAGAGAAACUGUACUCUAAGGAGCUGGAAGUGGAGCAGUUGCAAGCUGAACUGGUGACAGCAGUAAGAGGGAAUGACAUAUUGAAAUGUGAAGUACAGAAUCAAAUGGAUAGCCUUUCCUGCCUCACCCAUAAGAUGAAAGACCUUGAACUUCAGUUGCUGAAGAAAAAUGACGACAUAUUCAAGUUACAAAACGGGUUCGAGGAGUCUACAAGGGAAUUAGAAACUCUAAGGGACAUACUAGAGAAAAUUUCAAAGGAGAGAGACAUGGUGUGGGAGGAAGGAAACAAAUACAGGGAAAACAACAUGCUACUGAACUCACAAGUUGAUGAGUUGAAAUCAAAGAUAGAGACAUUGGAAGAGGAAAGUCUGAUGAAGGAAGGUCAGAUAACAAUCUUGAAAGACACUCUUAGGAGUAAAUCUUUUGACCCUCUUGCUUCUCCCUCUUCUUCGUGGGAAUUUCAACUGCGGUAAUAUAAUUGUGGCUGAGGUCUGCAGCAGGUAAAUUGCUCAGUUCAUACUUCAUGAUCGUAUACUUCCAUAUUUUCUUAGCUUUGAUUACUUUACAGAUCUGCUCUUUGAUUUGUUUCUCUCUUUUCUUUUCUUAUCCUCUACUGGGAUCUUCGACAAAGUGGAAGAUUAUAAAAAAAGUGAAAACACAUCAUAUUUGUUUUUGAAUUUGACCAUAUUUUGUUGCUCUAUCUAGUUCACAAGGUUAAGAAGAAGAUAGUUUUGUUGCUGAAUCAAGUUAACU